AUGGGAUUAACGACCAAUUUUCAAUUAUGCCAAUUUUCCGAUUUCCGCGUUCAGCUUCCAGAUGACGGUCUUUUCUACAGUGUCUUUACGGCUUUACUUUUUGUUCCGACGCUAGUAUUUGUUGCAAUUAUCUCAACUGCAUUUGUGAUCAAUAUUGGAGUUGCGCUCGUUCUACAAGGUAUCACAUUCAUCUUCUGCUUGGCGUGGUUUCUUCCAACAGCAAUUUUUUGCUUCGCCACUGCCUUCUUCUUGACCAAGGUUGCUCGUUGCACACUUUUUCUUCUAACCGAGCUUGAGAAACGAAAGACAAGUAUACCUGAAAGUCUUUUGGAUGAUACCAUAACAGCUCCAAAGACGCAUGCACACGAAAAGCUCCUU